CUCCUUCCUUUGCCAUCCACAUAACCAACUUACCCCAUCAACACUCGCUCGCUAGCUGCCAUGGCGUCGACCGAGUACCUCAAAGCGUCUGCGCACCUGCUACCCACUCUCAAGUCGUUUCUGCCCACGCUGCAGAGCUUCUUCACCUCUCACUCCCCUCUCAGCCCGCAGUCCUGGCUCACUUACUACGCAACCGUUGACCCACUGCACACGGCCAUCGUACUCUGUACCAUCUCCUCUACCGCCGUCUAUGUCGCCCAGCAGAUCACAGGCAACGCGUCGCAGGUGGACCGCAUCUGGACGUUUGCGCCGGUCUGGUACGGUGCUCACUUCACGCUGCAGCCGGUGAUCGCCGCCAAGCUCAUUGCGAGCGGAUUGGCAAAGGGGACUCUCAAGGGCGCAGCCAGUGACCCUGUAGCUGCCCUCAGCUUCUGGGGAAAGAAGCUCGCCGGCAACUCCAACGUCACCGCUCAGCUGCAGCCUCGUCUUGCACUGAUGCUGGCACUGCAGCUUCUCUGGUCGUCACGUCUCACCUUCAACGCCUGGCGCCGAGGCUUCUUCAAGGUCGGCGAAGAGGACUAUCGCUGGCCCGAGCUGCGGAAGGGCAUGCCCCGCUGGCAGUGGGAGCUCUUCGCCUUCUUCUUCAUUGCGAUUAUUCAGAACAUCCUGCUGGCUAUCACCGCCCUCCCGCAGUAUAUGCUCCUCUCCACCACAUUCAGCGCUCGUGGCGUCCUCGCCUCAAGCCCGACACUGCAGCUCACCACGGCCGAUCUGAUCCUUGCAGCAGUCUUCCUCGUCAACUUGGGCUUCGAGUUCCUUGCUGACCACCAACAACAAGUUUACCAGAACUGGAAGCGUGGCUACAAGGCUAGCCUCUUUGGGCUGCCUCAGAAGCGCGAAGGCAAGGACAACAGUCAGGCAACGAAGGACGAGGCAGUCACUUUUGGCUACAGCGACGGCGCGCAGCUCUUCACCGAGGCCGACAGGAAGCGUGGCUUCGUCACCAAGGGGCUUUGGGCAUGGUCGCGCCACCCCAACUUUGCCUGCGAACAAUGCGUCUGGUGGCUGCUCUACCUCUUUGUGGCCAUUACAUUUUACCCUUCCCUCUUCACCUCUUCGCACCACACGGCGCGUGAGAUGCUCAAGCUGGGUCACGCUCUGGUUCUCAACUACGCGCUCAUCUCACCCGUGGCCAUGAGUGGCUUGUUUGCCGCCUCGACUGACUACACGGAGAAGAUGUCGGCCAAGAAGUACCCGCUGUACAAGAGCUACAAGAGGGCCGUUGCGCCUUUCAACCCGUUGGAGACAAUCCUGAGAAAGGUGUGGUUCCGCGUCGUCGUGGGAGAGGAGGAGAGGAAGAAGGUAUAUGACGAGGUGUGGGGUGGAAAUGCGGCGGGGAGCAAGACGAAGUAGGUGCUAGCGUAGGUGGGUCGGGGAAGAAAGAGAUACCCUAGAGAGGGAGGAUACGACUGGAGGGGAGGGAGCAGGGCGAAGGCGACGAUGAUAUCGAUAAACAGCGUUCGAAGAAUGAGUCCUCUCAUUGAGCGGUGCUCUUCGCAUUCUAUCUAUUCAAAAUGGCAUCAAUGUGACCACUUCACCUCUU